GUAUCAAAUGUUUUGAAACGAAAUCGCAAAUAAACCAAAAUACAAAGAUCGACGUAAAUGGCUGCUUACCGAUUCUUCAUCUGGCCUCUCAUCACUCUCCUAUCCGCCUUACUCCUCAAAAUCUCCCUCCAAAUAUUCACCGCCAGAAACCACCGCAAGCGCGCCGUCGCCUUCUUCCACCCCUACACCAACGACGGCGGCGGCGGCGAGCGUGUCCUCUGGUGCGCUGUCAAAGCCAUCCAGGACGAAAACCCCAACCUCGACUGCCUCGUCUUCACCGGCGACCACGACUCCUCCCCUGACUCCCUCACUUCCCGCGCCGUCGAUCGCUUCGGAGUCAAACUGCUCCGCCCACCACAGGUGGUGCAUCUGAACAAGCGGAAAUGGAUCGAGGAGGCUACGUAUCCGAGAUUGACUAUGAUCGGGCAGAGCUUGGGCUCUGUGUAUCUGUCAUGGGAGGCAUUGACUAAGUACACUCCAGAUUACUAUUUCGACACGAGUGGAUAUGCAUUUACAUAUCCAAUUGCGAGGCUGUUUGGUUGUAGAGUCAUCUGUUAUACACAUUACCCUACAAUCAGCUUGGACAUGCUCUCUCGGGUUCGACAGCGGAGCUCCAUGUACAACAAUGAUGACUUCGUUGCUCGCAGUGAGUGGUUGUCACGGUGCAAGGUUGUGUAUUACAAUGUGUUUAGCUGGAUGUACGGGAUUGUAGGCUCGUGUGCUCAUCUGGCCAUGGUGAACUCUUCGUGGACUCAGGCGCAUAUACAGAAGCUGUGGAAGAUUCCGCAGCGUAUUAAGCGAGUGUACCCUCCUUGCGAUACUUCUGGACUUCAGGUGCUUCCUUUGGAAAGACCAGCUGAUCCUGCAAAAAUCAUAUCUGUUGCUCAGUUUCGGCCAGAGAAGGCACAUGGUCUCCAACUUGAGGCCUUUGCAGUUGCCGUAGGGAAAUUAGAUGCACACUUGCCCAGACCUAAGCUGCAGUUUGUGGGUAGUUGUCGGAAUAAAUCAGAUGAGGAAAGACUAGAACAUCUGAAAAAUAAAGCAAUUGAGCUGAAGGUGGAUGGGGAUGUGGAAUUUCAUAAAAAUGUCAUGUACAGGGACUUGGUACAACUUUUGGGUGGUGCCGUUGCAGGAAUUCAUUCAAUGACAGAUGAACACUUUGGAAUAAGUGUUGUGGAGUAUAUGGCUGCAGGAGCCAUCCCAAUUGCACACAAUUCUGCCGGCCCACAGAUGGACAUUGUUCUAGCAGAAGAUGGAGAGCAAACAGGAUUCCUUGCCCGCACUGUGGAUGAAUAUGCAGAUGCCAUCCUCAGUGUCAUAAAGAUGCCAGAAACUGAGAGGUUCAAGAUGGCUGCAGCUGCAAGGCGACGGGCUGCCAGAUUUUCUGAGCAAAGAUUUUAUGAAGAUUUCAAAGCUGCAAUCUCUCCGAUACUACCCAGUAAUUCCACAUAAUGACUUAUCACAGUAUACAUGUACCUUAAAUAGAAGAAAAUUUUCACCAGCGCCCUUAGUUUUACAACAGUUGUGUAAUCCAAAGACCAGCAAUUGAGAAAUUUUUUUUUUUUUUGA